ACAGGUCGUAACAGACUCCCAAUUUCUGUGUAGCAUUGCAAACAACACUCACAUCGACCUACCCGGCACACGUUUGCUUGUUUUAAGUUUUAGUUGCCCACAAUCUAAUCCCGACCCUCUUUCUUACUCCAUCUGUUUGGCGUUACUGCUGCGGGGGUGGUUACCUCCCGCCUUAACCCAAACAUAAGGCCAAAUCCACGUUAUCGAAAAGGCUACAUUGGACUCUGGAACGCACCACUUCUGCUCUUGUGCCAAAUGAUGUAACCAAGCUAAGAACGCUCGCCGGGUUCGUCGGCAGACAGAUUAAAGAGGUAAAAGGGCUGAUCGCAGUGAGGAAUGGCAGCUAUGUGUGAAGCUGAUCCACUCGGUUUAGCGGGAAGUUCACUCGGUGCAGUCUGGAUCGCUCCGCCAGCCAAGAGAGAAGAAAAAGCCAAGCUCAAUAUGUGGUUUUUCCGCAUUUACGGCGAAGGGGCUCUCCCUGUCCUGACCUGCCCUGACAUUUGAGUAUGAUUACAUGGCCAGGAGUUUGAUUAAGCCGCGUGGCGGCGAUGCAUCAGAAGUGGCUUUGGCAAGGCAAGUGGGAGGAGGUGUACUUUUUUUCUCACUCUGAUUAUAAAGCAGCCUCUGGGAACACAUUGUACACUGUACAUUCUGUACCCUUAUAUGUGUGCUGUAUUUGUGAUUGUUGUUAAUGUAUGUCAGCUUUGGCCUUGUGUGUGUGCCGAACUUCCUGUUAUGCCACGUAGAAAUGUCAUAGCAUUUUUCUCUGAAUUUAGGAGGGACAACAGAGGAAAUUGAACCUCUCAGGGGGAAAUCAUCUAAAGCACCGUCAAGUGGAAAAGGGAUCAUAAGAAUAAAAGACAGUCACAACUCAACUGUUUAAUAUCGCACCUUCAGGAUUGCAGAGGAUUCUCUAACUAUGUAGUUUAAGAGCUUGUCAUCCCAAUAGCAUUCUGCACAUCCUCCCUACCAGUUUGUCACAAACCUUUUAUCACAAGCCCAUAACCCAGAUGACAUCAUCAGGGUUAUGUUAAUCUUUACUUUAAAUGCCUCCUCUGUUAAAACUAACCUGAGCCGACAGAUUUUUUUAAACAUUAAUAGACUGAAAUUGGAAACUGUUUGAAAAAGGGUGCUCAUUUGGGACACUAUGCAUGGACUGGCUGAACCACCUGCCAGUCAAGCUCUUGCCAAAGCCAGUUGUGAGAGGAGCGAAAGACAAAGGAGAAAAAGUCUUCAGUGCCUUCUGUCUACAGAAAACUGCAGUUCUGAUCAAGGCUGAUGCUAUGCUAACCCCUGCAGGGGAAGCCAUUGUUCCCGCCUUUUUCUCUUACGUGGCCCGCUGACCCGGUGAUAGUCCAGCUGCCAGUCUAAAGGAGCACAUCGGACAGCUGUUUUCAUUGACUCAUCUAUUCCCACCGGUUUUCCACACCUAGUCCUUCACAAACAAGACGGUGCACAAUACAUCUCAAUCCUGAAUUGAGUGAUCAACAGGAAGCCUUUUUUUGGCAAAAAUCCUGCCCCAAAAAUAUGUCAGCAACCAGCAGGGGACACGAAGUGUUUACGGCGGCGACACCUCCCCAACAAGUCACUCUGAAUGAGGAGGCUGACGCACACCGCUUAAUCAUCCGCCAAUUCGCGCUCCGUGCCUCCCCGCCAUAAUCUCACUUCAAAACACCCCCCACCCUCCUCUUCCUCCUGCUCUUCUCCCCGAGUCCCAGCGCGAGCUGAUGCAUGCCACGGAAGCAGUGACGUCAGUUGUUUACUGUCUUGUGGGUCGCUUCUGGUUGCAGUGCAGCAGCACAUCCAGCAGGGCUUAUGUAACCCCGCUGCACGACACCACCACAGUAGGGCUGCUGCAGUGUGUGUGCGUGUGUGCGCGUGCGUGCGUGUCUCUGGGUGCGUGGCUGCGUGCGUGAAGUGUAAACACAGCGGGUUUGAUGCUGGAGCACGUAUUAGCUCCAAACGGACUUCCUCUCUCCCUUCUCCACGCGUACAUAGAGAUAUCCCAGGAUGCACCACUGCAGCAGCAGGAGCGGACAGAUUUCACCAUGGAGGGGGCGUCCAGCAGCGAUGCUGCGGGUCAGCCCUUUGUUGCUGCUCAGGUUCCGUUCCUUCACCUAUGUAACACUUUAGAGAAAAUCCAGAAGUCUAAACUCCGGCCGGAGAAAUCCAAGAUCCUCGGGGAUUUCAUUGAGUCGUGGAGGAAGUUCCAUUCGGCCCUGCACAAAGACAACCCCAAAACGAACGACUCCUUCUACUCUGCCAUGCGCCUCAUAGUACCCUCCUUCGAACGAGACCGGAUGGCGUACGGCAUAAAAGAGAACAUGUUAGCCAAACUCUACAUCGACGUGCUGGGCCUCCCAAAGAACGGCCCGGAAGCCAAUAAACUGUUGAACUACCGCGCUCCGACUACGUCUCAAGGAGAAGCCGGAGACUUUGCUGGCAUGGCGUACUUUGUGCUAAAGAAACGGUGCACCAGCCCAGGGACCCUUAGCAUCAAGGAAGUCAAUGACUUUCUGGACUCUGUGGCCAUCAACAACGCGGGCAAGCAGAAGGAUCUGGUGAAGAAGAGCCUGCUGCACCUCAUCACCCAGAGCUCGGCUCUGGAGCAAAAAUGGCUCAUCCGGAUGAUCCUGAAGGACAUGAAGCUCGGGAUCAGCAAAGAGACUGUGCUCCAGGUCUUCCACCCGGACGCGGCCGAGCUCUACAACGUCAGCACGGACUUGAAAAAGGUGUGCCAGCAGCUCCACAGCCCCUCCGUGUCCUUAAGCGAAGUCUCCAUCGGGCUCUUCUCUGCCUUCAAGCCGAUGUUGGCGGCCGUGGCGAACAUCCGCAACGUGGAGAAGCAGAUGGGGAACGGCCCUUUUUACAUUCAGACCAAGCUGGACGGGGAGCGCAUUCAGCUGCACAAAGACGGCGACGUGUACAAGUACUUCAGCAGGAACGCCUUUGAAUACACCCAGCAGUUCGGAGGAUCCCCGCUGCAGGGCUCCCUGACGCCGCACAUCCACAACGCUUUCAAAGGCCACGUCGUCAACUGCAUCCUCGACGGGGAGAUGAUGGCGUACAACCCGACCACGGAGACCUUCAUGCAAAAAGGGAGCAAGUUCGACAUCAAGAGGCUCAUGGAGGACUCCGAGCUGCAGACGUGCUUCUGCGUCUUCGACGUGUUGCUGGUCAAUGACCAGAAGCUCGGCAGGGAGACCCUGAGGAAGCGCCACGAGACCCUUCAGACGGUCUUCACGCCGGUCAAGGGGCGACUGCACCUGGUGCCGAAGGCCGACGCCCGGACCAUGCACGAGGUGGUGAACGCGCUGAACGACGCCAUUGACGGCAGAGAGGAGGGGAUCAUGGUGAAGGACCCCAUGUCCCUCUACAAGCCCGACAAGAGGGGGGAGGGGUGGCUGAAAAUAAAGCCGGAGUACGUGGACGGCCUGAUGGAUGAGCUCGACCUGCUGAUUGUCGGCGGCUACUGGGGCAAAGGGAAACGGGGCGGCAUUUUGUCCCACUUCUUAUGCGCCGUCGCCGAAGCCCCAAAGCUCGGCGAGAUGCCCUCCGUUUUCCACACUCUCUGCCGCAUCGGCUCGGGCUACACCAUGAAGGAGCUGUACGACCUCGGCCUGAAGCUGGCCAAGCACUGGCGCGUCUACCGGAAGAACGACCCGCCAGCGUCCAUCCUGUGCGGAACAGAGAAGCCGGAGGUCUACAUCGAGCCCUGCAACUCGGUCAUCAUCCAGGUCCGGGCGGCCGAGAUAGUCGGCAGCGACAUGUACAAGACCAACUGCACCCUGCGCUUCCCCAGGAUCGAGAAGAUCCGCGACGACAAGGCGUGGCACCAGUGCAUGACCCUGGCCGAGCUGGAUCAGUUCCGCGGCAAGGCGUCCGGGAAGCUUGCCUCACGGCACCUCUGCAUCGACGGCGACGAACCGCAGAAGAAGAAGCGCAAGCUGGCGGCCAAACCCAAGAAGGCGGUCGGGAUCAUCGACCACUUCAAGCCGCAGGAUCUCUCCGGGGUCACCAAGGAGACGGACAUGUUUGAGGAUGUGGAGUUCUGCAUCCUGAACGGCACAGAGGAUCACCCCAAGGCCGAGCUGGAGAAGGGCGUGGCCAGGUGUGGAGGUUUCGUGGUCCAGAACCCAGGUCGGGACACCUGGUGCGUGAUCGCCGGCGCUGAGAACGUGCGCGUGAAGAACCUGGUCUCGUCCGACCAGCACGACGUGGUGUGGGCCUCCUGGCUGCUGGACUGCCUGGCCCGGAAGGAGGUGGUGCCGUGGCAGCCGCGCCACAUGAUCCAUAUGUCGCCCUCCACCCGGGAGCACUUUGCAAAGGAGUACGACAGCUACGGCGACAGCUACUUCGCCGACACGGACGAGCAGCAGCUGAGGGAGGUGUUCGGGCGGAUGAGCGGCGCGGACCUGUCCGCGGUGGCGAGCGCCAGCCAGGUGGAGCAGCGCUACGGCUGGGAGGACCUUUGCACCAGCAUGUUCAGACCCUACCGGGUCUACGUGGACCGCUACGCCGAGAUAGGAGACCCGCGAACCGCCCUGGCCACCAGCUGUUUGGAGAUAAGGGCUCUGGAGUUCCGCUACCACGGAGGUACUGUGACGGAGAGUUUAGAGGAAGGAGUCUCUCAUGUCAUUAUCACAGAGGAGACGAGACUUCUGGGUUUAAGGACUCUGAGACGCUGCUUCAGGAAGAAGUUCAAGAUCGUUAGGGACUCAUGGGUGACGGAUUCCAUCAAAGCGGGGCGCCUGAUGAAUGACGCGGGCUAUUUGGUCUGAAGGAUCGUCACGCGGUGCAUGCCUGUCUAGUCAGCGUUUUUUUUAAUAAUCACUGUUUUAAAAUAACGGUGUAGUCGGUGUUGCUUUGAAUUGAAUUAAAUUGUGAAUUAUAUAAAUACUUCAAACGUUUAGCCGAGCAGUUACCGACACUAUGGAGCAAAGUUUUCCAAUUGAAUAAAUUGGAGGUUUAGGUUUUAUUUUAAAAACGGUGCAAUGUGGAAUUAGUUAGAAUAUAAAUUAACUUUUUAAAAAGAAAUGAAGCUGGUUUCAUUCUCCUUACUAUUAUGCCUUUAGAUAUGAAAUCAUAAAAUGAAAUAAUCCACAAUGGACUGACAUAAAAUCACACUAAUAGUCCAUAAUAAUCUCUUAUUUUUCAAUUUAGUGUUGAGCUGGACUUUAAUGGUCAAAUUCUAAGCAGCGGAGGCCACAAUAUUAUUGGAGGCAAAGAAGGGAGAGCUUUGCGAACGUGUUGCUCUCUUUUGGUUACGUGUGUCUUUUUCCUUUCCCUUUUAUUUCUGUCCAAUCAUAUGUUAAGCACAAUUAAUAAAUACAUUGAAUCUUUUAAAAACCUGACCUGAUGUUUUUACAAAAAAAAAAAAAAACUUCAGAAAAACUGUGUGUAGCGACGGCCUUUGCCUCGCACGGAGAGAGAGAGAGAGAGAGAGAGGGAGAGGGAGAGAGGGGGACUCCUGGGGUCCGUUAAAACGGGUCCAGCUUAAGGCACUCCGACGAAGAGGCGUCCGUGUUUACGCUGUCUGCAAGAAUGUCACUGCGAUGCCUUGGGACCCGUUGAUAUGUUAUAACCUUCAUCACCAUGGCCUCCAGGGUGCAGGUAGCUGCCUGUGGUGUCCAUGGCACUGUUGUGCGUAAAUGUCGCAUGAAUACAUUUUUUGAAGAGAAAGCGAUGAGGUACCUGUUCCUCCGUCGCACCUACCGGAGAACGUCUCCCGUUUGUCCAUUUCUGUCCAACAAACCAAUUAAACGUUUGGAUUGGAGACGGCCUUUGCUUUGGCUAUGAGUUUGUCCUAAAAAAACAAAAACAACAAAUGACAAAUAAUGAAAUCGUUGAGUGUGCGAUUCGACAUGAGGACAUUGUGCCUCGGUGAGCCCUAUUGUGGCCCGUCGCCCACUCUGGCCUAUUUCCAGGUGCUGCGGCGUGAGCGGUGGACUGACAGGCCUUAAUUAGAAGUACUCAAACGCCGCCUGUUCCCGCGUGCCCUUGGGUGCAUGUUGGGCCGCGCGGCACAACUGUAGGGCUUGACGAAUUUUUUAACGGCAUGCGGUCCUCUUCGGGAGCAAAUUGGCCUCCCUGAGGAAGCAUGAGAUUGACAAAAAAGAAAAGAAAUGGCAAACGGCCGAAACGCUGUGCCCUAAUGAGAUGACUGUCCUAAUUGGAACACUUUUUGGAGAGAAGGUAUUCAGUAAGCACGCUUACACACGUCAAUUAGCCCUAGCUUCACAUCAUCUGAAGAAUUUUGUGUGGUUUCGUGGCCGCUUGUGUUUUUGGAUUUUCAAAGAUUGAUCCAGUGAAAAAGAACAGCAGCCUGUGCUUUGUUCUGAAUAUUUAAAUAUUAACAUGUUUAUUUUUUAUUAUUAAGAGAGAUGUGACUUGCUGAAUGCAUUGGUAUCAUCCUAUGAAGAGAAAAAGGGGAGCAUCUUGCCUCGAGCUAAAACCAGGUGACUACCAACCAAUGUGACUGGUAGAGUGUUAGGAAAACCACAAUGUAGAACAUAAUGAGGUCGUCAGUGGAACAUUUCAAAAUAAAAUCAUUUCAGUUAUCCAAAACUAUCC